CCAACCAUACACCACAUCUCCUCUUCUUCUUGUGCUCGGAAGCUGCUCUUUUCUUCUACUCCUCUCUUCAUUCACUCGUCAUCUUUUCUUCGGCGGAAGCGUUCUCUCUCACUCACUCUUAGUCAUGGUCUCCCCUGCCGCUCCUGACCCGUCCACCUCGACGUCGGUGGUUUCCUCCCCUUCUUCAGCGGCCGCUCGUGCACGCCCACCCUCCAUUGCUUCUCACCGUCAAAGCACAAACCAUCUCGAGUCCCUCCUCACGUCCGUCACCCUAUCUCCGCGGUCACGUCGAGCCACCAUUACAAAUUGGGGCGGCUCUUUCACCUCACGUCCCACCCGCGUCUUCCAACCCACCACAGUAGAGCAAUGCUGCGCCAUCCUCGAGCUAGCCCGACGGAGCGGUCAGAAGGUCCGGGCGGUAGGGAAAGCACAUAGCCCUAGUGAUUUGAUGAUGAGCGAUCAGUGGUCUAUACGGAUGGAGGGGCUGGAAGGGACGUUAGAGAUUGAUGCAGCGACGGACGAGAAUGGUGCGGGGCUGCCAUCUGCUACAUUCCUGGGCGGAACCCUCAUCUCGGACAUCAACAACAUCCUCGCCUCGCAUUCGCCACCACUUGCUAUGACUUCCUUAGGAUCCAUCUCAGAGCAGACGAUUGGCGGGCUUCUCGCUACCGCCACACACGGCUCUGGAUAUCAUUUCCCGGCCGUUUCUGCGCUGGUGCAACAUCUGGACGUCGCUGUCCCUCUGCCGCCCGCGCGAGGCGGAGUUCAGGUGGUGAGAUGUAGUCGGGAACAGAAUGCGGAUCUGUUCAAUGCGACGCUGUGUGGUAUCGGGGCGACGGGUAUCAUUGUGGCUGUCAAGAUUCAAGUGGAGCCUGCGUUCAGACUGAGCCACUUGGUCGAGGAGGUGGACUUUAACUACAUCUUUGGGUCUCCGACGGGCUAUCCCUCCAUUCAGCGCGAGAGCUACGAUGUCGAAGGUGCCACGCAAAACCAAGGCCGCGUGCCUCUCGGCCACCUUGUAGCUGCAGGCGAGUCUCUCCCGCCAGCAAAGGAUCGCUACCGACCCAGAGCGCGGCAAUCUUCACCCUCCAUCAUCUUUCCCACCGAGUCCACAGACGACGAGCAACUGCGACGCUCCAGCCCUGCGUUCAUGGACGACGAGGACGAUGAGGUCACCCGCCAAGCCCAGUCGCGUAUCGACUCCAUAGCGCAGUCUUGCCAGCACGCGCGCAUCUGGUGGUUCCCGCACGUCGGCAUGGUCACUCUCAGUCGUGCAGACAGAACGCUGGAGCCCGCUGUGGGACCGACGUGGGGGCAAAGGCUCUACCACUCGCUCGUGGGAUACCACAUGGAGCAGGCGUUGCUAUUUGCCGCCAGAUAUCACCCGGCGCUGCCUGAGCGUGUGGCGAGGAUAGUUCACCGCCUGACGCACCCGGCGUACCCUACGGAACUGCGGGCGAAGGCGCAGGGCGAGCAGGGCGAGCAGCGCGAGCAGCGCGAGCCAGCUGCGGCAGCAGGCUCUGCACCACUCCGCCCUACCCACCCGCACAGCCGCAGCGUAGACGACUCGUGGAAGAUCUUCAACAUGGACUGCCUAUUUCCUCAAUAUACGACGGAAUGGGCGAUACCCUACGAGCACACCGCUGCCGUUCUCCGCGUCAUGCGCGACUGGUUGAGCGCCGAGCAGGCUUCGAGGACGGGCGUCCGCUUCCAUUUCCCCAUUGAGAUUCGUUUCUCUGCGCCCGACGGGCUGUGGUUGAGCCCUACUUCGGGCAGACGGACGACUUAUAUUGGCUUGGUGCAGUAUAGGCCGUAUGACCUUCCUGUGCCCUAUCGCGUCUUGUUCGCACGCUUCGAGACGAUCAUGCGGCACUUUGCCGGCCGGCCGCACUGGGCUAAGACGCAUACGUGUGGGGCCAAGGAGCUCGAAGGCUUGUAUCCCCACUGGAAAGAGUGGACGGAGACGAGAGCGAAGUGGGACCCGGAGGGAAUUUUGAGCGGUGGUGCCUAUGUGAGGCGACAUGUUGAUGCUGCAGUCGGGGAGGACGUGGGGUCGAGGAGGUUCAAGAGGAGGGAGUGUGGCAAGCUCUAA